AUGUUUGAGACCAAUGCAUGGCCAUUGCUGUGUGAAAGCUUUUUCAUUUGUUCCAUCUGCCUGGAAACAUUUACCAAAACAGUGGUCAUUUUACCGUGGCAACAUAACCUUUGUAGAAAGUGUGCCAAUGAUAUCUUUCAGGCCUCCAACCCAUACCUCCCAACCAGAGGGGGGUCCGUGACCUCCGGUGGCCGUUUACGGUGCACGUCCUGCAGGAACGAGGUGGUGCUGGACCGCCACGGGUUCUACAGGCUCCAGAGGAACCGGCUGGUGGAGAACAUCAUCGACAUGUUCAAACAGGAGUCCACCAGCAGCUCUAGGCCAGCGGCCCCAGAGAGGACGGAGGAGCAGGCCAUGUGCCAAGAGCACGAGGAGAAGGAGAUCAACAUCUACUGUGUGACCCACAGCGUGCCCACCUGCUCCAUGUGCAAGGUGUUUGGAGCCCACCAGGACUGUGAGGUGGCGCCGCUCAAAAGCAUGUACCAGACACAGAAGACGGGGUUGACUGACGGGAUAGCGAUGAUGGUGGGGAACAACGACAGGAUCCAGGGCAUCAUCAGUCAGUUAAAGGAGACCGGCCAGACCAUAGAGGUGACUGGCCCAGUGUGGCAGCACCUGAUUGGGGAGGCGUCGAGCACCUCCCACCUGGAUAAGGUGGAGCUUGGAUAUGAGGUGAUGGAUCACACCACUGUUAACUCCUGGAGAGAGGGCAGGGCUCUGCGUAACAUCGACUUCAUCUCAGGUAGAAAUAGUUGGCAGUGA